AUGAUUCAUGGGCAACAAGCAUACUCUCGUCUUCUGACGGUGUGUUUGCAAUACUGCAAACAAGUUCAAUCCCAUAGGUUGUUUGAUGAAUCGCCUCAAACAGUCGUACAAGCSUCCAGAGCCGUUAACCUCAUUCAUGCUCAAAGUUUGCUACUUGGAUUUGAUUCAAAAGGAAAACUUGGCAAUGCCAUUGUUGAUUUGCAUGCGAAAUGCGGCAACAUGGACUUUGCUCAAAAAGCUUUCRAGCAGUUGGAACAAAAAGAUACACGGGCUUGGAACUCAAUUUUAUCGAUGCACUCAAGGYAUGGAAUGUUAGAAGAUGUUAAACACAUAUUCGGCGCUAUGCAAAUUUAUGGGGUGUAUCCAAAUCAAUUCACCUAUGCCGUUGUUUUAUCGGUUUGUGCUAGAUUGACUGACAUUGUGUUGGGUAAAGUGGUGCAUUGUCAUGUUAUCAAAACAGGGUUCAUAUGUAAUUCAUUUUGUGAAGGAUCACUUAUUGACAUGUAURCAAAAUGUGCCCUUGUUGAUGAUGCACGRGAGAUAUUUGAUGGGUCUGUAUGCUCUGAUACAGUUUCUUGKACGRCGAUGAUUGCCGGGUAUGUUCAAGUUGGUUUUCUUGAAAAGGCUCUAAGAUUAUUUAAGGAUAUGUUGCCACUGGGCCAUAUACCAGACCAAGUAGCAUUUGUAACUAUCAUAAGCGCAUGCCUGGAAUCGGGACAUCUUGAYGAUGCAYGCCAUUUGUUCAACCAAAUGCCCAAUCCAAAUGYUGUUGCAUGGAAUGUCAUGAUCUCAGGGCAUGCUCGUGAAGGUUCUCACAAUGUAGCUAUUGAUUAUUUCCAAGGUAUGACUAGAUCUGGGGUUAAACCCACAAGAUCCACUCUAGGAAGUGUUUUGAGUGCUAUUGCUAUUACAUUUGAUCUAGAUUGUGGUUCUCAAGUUCAUUCUCAAGCAAUCAAACAAGGGUUAUGUUCCAAUGUUUAUGUGGGAAGUUCCUUAAUCAAUAUGUAUGCAAAGUGUCAAGAAAUGGAUUCUGCAAGGAGUGUCUUUGAUGCUUUAGAUGAGAAAAAUAUUGUUUUGUGGAACACAAUGCUCGGGGGUUAUGCRCAAAAUAAAAAUGUUGAYGAAGUGAUUCAUCUAUUUAUAARCAUGAGAUGUUCUGGCUUCCAACCUGAUGAAUUUACUUAUACCAGUGUUUUGAGCGCAUGUGCUUYUUUGAGAAGUGUCGAAAUAGGGAAACAGUUGCAUUCACUUGCUAUCAAAAACAAGUUUGAUGCGAAUUUAUUUGUGGGAAAUGCAUUGGUAGAUAUGUAUGCAAAAGCCAGYUGUCUAUAUGAUGCCAGAAAACAGUUUGACAUGAUAGAAAAUCGAGAUAAUGUUUCUUGGAAUGUAAUGAUAGUUGGGUUUGUGCAGGAAGAAGAAGAAGAGGAUGCCUUUAGCAUGUUUCAGAGAAUGAGAUCAAAUGGGAUUGCACCUGAUGAGGUGUGCUUUGCCAGUAUACUCAGUGCUUGUGCAAAUAUCCAAUCUCUCAGCAAAGGAAAACAGUUGCAUUGCCUUUUAGUCAAGUAUAAUAUGGCAACCAGCCUUUAUGCUGGAAGCUCUCUUCUUGAUAUGUAUUCUAAGUGUGGGGUCAUUUCGGAUGCACAAGAAAUUUUCUCUUCCAUGCCAGAGAAAAAUGUAGCAUCUACGAAUGCUUUAAUUAGUGGGUAUGCUCAGAAAAACAUGGAUUUAGCUGUAAAUUUGUUUAAGGGUAUGCAGUCUCAAGGAGUGAGUCCAUCAGAGGUUACGUUGGCAAGCAUAUUGGAUGGCUGCAAUGAACCUUCCAAAUCAAAACUUGGGAGACAAAUUCACAGUUUAGUGACAAAAUACGGUUUCUUUUACGACGAUGAAUUUUUGGCUGUAUCUCUUCUGGGCAUGUAUUUCAACUCCCAGGCAAGUGCAAGUGCAUUGGUUGUCUUCUCAGAGUUGCCAAACAUAAAGAGCACAGUUUUGUGGACUGUUGUUGUAUCAGGACUUGUUCAAAAUGAUUGCAGCAAGGAGGCACUGGCGAUAUACCAAGAAAUGCGCAGAUACAAUGCCAUGCCUGAUCAAGCAACAUUUGUUAGUGUUCUUAAAGCAUGUGCGACCUUGGCGUCUCUACAGGAUGGCCAAGAGGUGCAUUCGCUUGUUUUCCACACGGGUUUUGACUUGGAUGAGUUGACUGGCAGUGCUCUUGUAGACAUGUAUGCAAAGUGUGGGGAUGUUGCAAGUUCUUCACAAGUCUUUAAGGAAUUAGUGAAGAAAAAAGAUGUCAUCACAUGGAACUCAAUGAUAGUUGGAUUUGCCAAAAACGGGUAUGCUGAGAAUGCACUACAAAUCUUUGGCAAAAUGAGGCAGUCAAAUAUAAAGCCUGAUGAUGUCACAUUGCUCGGAGUACUUACUGCAUGUAGUCAUGCGGGAAAAGUUUCUGAAGGACGUCAUAUAUUUGAUACCAUGACCAAUCACUAUAACAUUCAACCACGCAUGGAUCAUAUUUCCUGUAUGAUUGAUCUUCUUGGGAGAUGGGGUUAUCUCAAGGAGGCUGAGGAAUUCAUUAACAAACUAGAAUUUAAACCAAAUGCAAUCAUUUGGGCUACAUUUCUUGGGGCCUGUAGAAUACACGGUGAUGAAGAAAGAGGAAAACGUGCAAGUGAAGAGCUCUCUACUUUAGAGCCCCAAAGCUCAGCUUCUUUCGUGUUGCUUUCCAAUAUAUAUGCAGCUUCAGGGCAUUGGGACCAAGUGAACUUUGUCAGGAGGGAAAUGAAGGAAAAGGGAGUUAAAAAGCAUCCUGGACAUAGCUGGAUUAAGUUGGGACGGGACACACACAUGUUUGUUUCAGGAGAUGAGUCCCAUUCUAGUUCUGGUGAAAUAUUAUCCCUUUUGAAGGAACUGAAAGCACCAAUGAAGGAUGAAGUAUGUGUUCCAGCAACUGAAUCAUGUUUUCAUUGAGAAGAAUAACCUUUGGGAGAAUGCGAAUGUUAGCUGAAAGUAUAUAUUCUGCUUCUUGCGGUUGAUUUGUCAAGGUGAUUCGAACGUUCAAACUAUUAUUUUGCUUUUCUGGUAAGGACAAAUACCUGAUUGUGUUAUAAAGAUUCCAAAGAUGAAAUUCUUAAUUGCUGGUAUAAUAUCUUGCAGAUCUUUCUCCACAAGAAAGUUGGAAGUUGGAUUGUGGCAAUGAUAUAGUUGACUUUUAUUGAGACUCAUUUUCUGAUCUGUUUGGUAGUCCCACUUGCAGAUGUUGUAGCAUGCUCACAGUUCUCAUGGAAACUAGUUUCUUGCGUCUCCUUAGAACUUCAGGGUCAAUGAAUGUGGGUUGAAGAAAAUGUUCAUGUUGGAGACAUGACUCUUCCCUCUCUCUUCAAUGCCACCUUGAACUCAAUUGAGGUACCAUUCUUCUUCGAUUAAUAUAUGUGUGUGUGCAUGGAUUUGGGUAUAGAUCUCUCAAGUUUCUUUGGUGUUCUGCUCGCAUAUUAACAAUUUUAAUGUAAACUUUUAGCCUUCUAUUUAAUACUUGGGUCUUUUAUGAUAUUGAGUUUCUUUAAUUUUUUUGUGAUGAGUUAGUAGAUCCAUAUCUUUUCAGAUAUGGACAUCCUAUUCUUAGAUCUCCUUUUACAACUGUGAAUGUGUAUGCAUUUUUUAUUUGGUUGUCUUAGUUUGUAUUAUGGUUAUUCCAUAAUUAAUUUUUUUUUCUUCAAUUUCUUCUUAUUGUUAACCAUGCUCUAUGUGA